UCUUAAAAAGUCAGCCACAGAGACAGAAUUCAUUUCAUUACUCUUUCCCCCCCUCAUUCGGCCACAUGUUGUCUCCCUGACCCUCUUUCUCUCCUUCAACGGCCCCAGCCAUGGACGCUUCAAUGUCCAUCAAUGUGACGCCGGUCGUCUCCGUUGCCCUUGUCGUUGUGUCAACCAUAUUUCCAAUAUUGUCUCUAUUGUCGAUCAUUCUCCGGUUCCAAGCACGUCGAAUAGGACGGUUCAAACUUGGAGCUGAUGACUGGUGGAUCUUGGCAGGGUGGCUUCCUACUUUCGGGCUGAGCCUCACGGUUUGGAUAUUUGGCAGUAUCACUGGUAUCUCAAAAUACAAAAUCAGUAUAACGUCGGGGAUCCAGCGAUCAUUUCAAUGCAUUUUCAUUUGCAGUGCCAUCCUCCAAGUUAGCCUAUCUGUCGUGAAGAUUUCGAUUUUACUAUUCUAUAAACGAACAUUUUCGAUCUCCAAGUCCCAGAUCGCUGCAUGUAUUGCCAUCGCGAUUGUUGGAUGUUGGGGGAUCGCCUUCUUCUUCUUGAUUCUCUUAGAAGGCGAUCCGAUCAGUCGGCCAUGGACUGGGAAGGGUCGCUUCAGAUUCGAUCAAGUUGCGAUGGAGUUCGCUCAAUCCGCCACCAGCAUCGCAUUAAAUAUCGCUGUUUUGCUGUUUCCCCUCCCCAUGCUUUGGUUUCUACCCAUGUCAACCCACAGGGUGUGGGAUCUUAUUCUCGUCUACGUGUUAGGAGCCCUUUGUUGCGCUGCUGCUAUUGUUCGACUGGUUCUCCUCCAUGCCUCCAUAGCCAAAGAGCCGACUGACCUAUCCGUAGUCCAUAUCCACUCCAAGCAGCUUGUCUUCAUGAUCGUCGAGACCAAUUGUUCCAUUAUUGCCGCUUGUUUACCAUGCUACGGCGCCCUUCUCCGUGGUGGACAGUCACUCGCAUCGAUUAUCCGAUCCUUUCUUGCCAUCCACGGCAGGGCUAGCUCCCCGUCCGGUUCCAGUUUUGCUAGCCUUCAUAGUGGCAAACACUACCCGAUCCACGGAAUCAGGGAUUUGGACGCCGAUACUGGCUCUCAGGUCGAACUCACGGGUCCUCCGGAGCGUUGGUCGCGAACGACGACACAGGUCACGAUCAAAGUCAGCGGGAACCCGCAUCAGAAUGAUGAGUGUCGCUCGCCAGGGAUUGUGGUUCAUACUGAACUCGACAUUUCUACCAAAGGAAUUGAGGUUUAACAAAUUUUCAUCAGUGGGUUUCUAUAUUGGAUAUCAGCCUGUCACCUCUACCACAAAGGUUUUAUUAUGCUUUCAAUAAGUAGUCAGAGUAAAGUUAGCGUAUUUGUAAUAUGAUACCCACGAGUUGAGAAGUAUAUGUGAGACUUGUGUCAUUCAUUGGCUUGAUAGCCCAGCAAUCGUUUCUCCAGUGAGUAAGUAUCGCUAUAAGCCAAAGAUAAAUGAGCAUCCACUUGUA